ACAUUCUCCAAAGAAAUGUAAACAAAACACAGCUGUUUGCAAAAAAGAAAGGGACAAAUAAAAACAAAAUAAUUCCACCGACAAAUUAUUUUAUAUAGAAAUUUAAAUAAAAUUAUAAAUAUUGUAUGGAUUUGACGUGUGAAAUUGUUGAUGAUUAUGACCAUAUAGAAAAUGAUCUUGAAUACAUUUUGGAAAACGUUCUCAGUGAAGAAGUUCAAAGAAAUAUUGAUCGCAGUGAAGAGUCAAGAAAUCUACAACAGAUUUUUAACACCCUUUUACUAAAUAAGUGUGAAUGUAGUGAAGAAUUUCAACCGCAAUGUUCCAAAUGUAUACAUGGUGCUAACUACAGGUACGACGAAACAUUCCAAGAACUUGUACUUUACAGUUCUUCAAACAUACCGGAUUUAAUAUACGAAUGUACUCAUAUGUGUACGUGUAAUCCUGAAAAAUGCCAAAAUCGUUUAGUGCAAUUCGGUCCGCGAAAGUUUUUAAAAAUAGUCGACUCUGCAAAAUAUCGUUCAAAAGGUUUAAUAACUACCCGUGACAUACCUAAAGGAGCGUUUAUUUGUGAAUAUGCUGGAGAAUUGUUAACAAUACAUGAAGCCAAACAAAUUUUAAGAAAAAAUGAAAUAGAACAAAAAAUGAAUUAUGUUUUGAUUUUAAAGGAAUCUUGUUCACCUUCAUUUGCCAACAGUAAUGACAAGGACAUAUUGACCAUAGUGAAUCCCAGUAAAAAAGGAAACAUUGGACGUUAUUUGAAUCACAGUUGUGAACCAAAUUGCCAAAUUAUUAGUGUUCGGAUUGAUUGUCCAAUACCUAAAAUUGCAAUUUUCUCAAGACGGUAUAUCAAUGCGGGCGAAGAAGUGUGUUUCAAUUACAAUGAAGGUAUAAAUUACAGUAAAAUUAAAAAUACAUCAAAAAACAACAAAAUUCCUUGUCUUUGUGAAUCUAAACAUUGUUUAAAAUAUUUGCCAAAUUCUGAUUUUUUAUAAAUAUAAUAAUAUAA